AUGACUUACGAUAAACCUCGCUCAUCCGAGACUAUAGACCAAUCCUCUUACACUACGCCCAUGGUGGACAGUUCCGGCCUUUCUUCGCCCACUCUGUCCGACGACAGCAUACCGACCUUGCGAUUGACACCGGAGUCAGAGGGCUCAGCCGAGCUUGUCGUGGAUUGGGAUACACACAAGCCUUUGGAAUACUCUUCGACGGAGUCGCAGGCAUCGGUUGAGGUCGUUGAUGAUUGGGACGCGCAGGCGCAUGCGGACUCUCCCACUCCCACCAGCCCGACAUCCUCCACCAAUCCAGACAGCCCAGAUGGCGUUCAAAGCACCGCUUCCAUUGACAUGGUAUCUGUUACUGUCGAUGAUGCGAAGAAGCUAAAAGCUUUCAAUGUUUUUGUACCCACCCUGGCCAAACUGCCACCUCUGCUUGACGAUUUCAUCGCACGGGUUGUGAGGAAACCGCGCACGCCUACCGACCCACCUUCACCCGCUGCCGCAAUGCUUUACAGACAACAACCAAUGGCUAGCAGGGCAGGCGAAAGCGGGGGUAUCGAGCUGCUUGUCCAACAUCUUCUCUUCGCAGGAGAAGCGCAAGGUGGCGAGCGUUAUAUCCACCGGGAUGCUCAAGCCACACUUUCCGCAAAGUACCUACCAGAGCCACCUACUCCCGAAGUGAGGAACGCGUUCAAAUCGCUUUCGACUUCUGUCUGCGAUCACGCCAUUGGCUACGUCACUUCGGAGUGCGCUGUGAAUGGAGAAGUCUCGUCCGUGUUCACGGCUGCCGAGGAGGUCAACAUGGAUGUGUAUCUUCCGUCAGUUACUUCCAUGGUACACUUUCCUUUCCUGACCUGCGAGUGGAAGAGCUACAUUGCUGCCGAGGACCAUGCGCAAGCCGAGCUGCAGUGUGCGAGGGGAAGCUCUGCGAUAGUGAACUUUAACCAUCAGUUCUUUGUGGGUGCUUCUUGUACGCCGUCCGCUGUCGACACCUGCCAUUUCUCCAUCACAUGCAACAUGAACACGGUCCAUUUGUAUGUCCAUUGGCGCGCACCUACUUGGAAAGACGGGCAAUAUCAUAUGCAGAGAAUCGGCCAGCAGUUUCUGAAAGACCUGUACCACCCGGAGAACCCUGGCAUGGCAGAGUUCCGGGGCCAACUUCGCAACGUAUUAGAGUGGGCCCUGGACAAGCGUUUAAGCAACAUCAAACUGGCUAUGGAGAACAUUGGGGCUGGAGAUGUACGCUCAAACAAGCGUCAGAAGUCGACGGAUCUCUGGCUGCCUUGA